GGUCUGGUAACACUGGAUCCUAUUCAAACAUUUGCUAGAAUUGUUCAUUGUUCUUAUUACCCUAGCGGUGAGCCUGGAACUUGUCUCCAUAAAUUCAAUGACUUAAAUUUUGAAGAUCGUUUACAAAAUAUUCCUGAGUGUACUGCCGAGCUUUACAAUGUCAACGCGUGCACGUGUUUCUGAAAGAAUGGACAAUAAUCAACGAAGUUAUGGAAAUUCGUCUUAUUCGUCUGCCAACUACAAUCAAGGCUCAAGAUCCAAUGAUAGAGGAGGAUAUCGAAGGAGUACUUACUCCAGGAGAGGACAAAAUCAAUCAUUUGGUUCUGGUCAUGAUAGUUUUGACGAUAAAUCAGAUAAAUUUAUCAUAAAUAUUGAUAGCGACAAAGUAGGAAAACUAAUUGGUAAAAGUGGAUCUAAUAUUAGAGAGCUUCAAGAUAAAACAAGCACAAGAAUUCAUGUUAAUAGAUCAAGUGGAAAUUCUACUACUGCUGUAACUAUUGUUGGUUCUAAAGAAGCACAGGAACAAGCUAAACAAUUGAUAGAAGAAUUAUUGCAAGAUCCCUCGUAUUUACCGUCAAAGCCAGAAGAAGAGCAAAAAAACAAUGAGAAUGAAUCAGAAAUCGAUUUUUCCACAUUCAAUUGGGCAGAAGCUAAUAAACAAUGCGAUAAUUAUCGAACUCAAAAAUGGUCAAAAUUGGCUCCAAUUAUCAAAAAUUUUUAUAAAGAGCAUCCGUCUGUCACUAAUAUGACAAAAGAAGAAGCAGCUCAUAUUAGGAAGAUAAAUAACAAUGUAGAAGUUAGGUAUAUGUUCGAUGAGCAGGAGAACCGUUCGGAAGAGUAUGAUAUACCUAAUCCUAUUGUAACGUUCGAACAAGCUUUUGAGGCCUAUCCUGAUAUACUGGAAGAAAUAAGAAAACAAGGAUUUACUAAACCCAGUCCGAUACAGUGUCAAGCAUGGCCUGUUCUUCUCAGUGGUAAAGAUCUUAUUGGAAUUGCCCAAACAGGCACAGGAAAGACUCUGGCUUUCUUAUUGCCUGCUUUGAUUCACAUCGAGGGUCAAGAAACACCGCGGUCGGAACGAAAUGGACCCAAUGUACUCGUUAUGGCUCCAACGAGAGAGUUGGCAUUACAAAUUGAGAAAGAAGUGAAUAAAUAUUCUUAUCAUGGUAUAAAAGCAGUAUGUGUGUACGGAGGUGGCAGCCGUAAGGAACAAGUUAAUAUUGUACUGAAAGGAGUAGAAAUAGUUAUCGCGACACCGGGCAGACUAAACGAUCUUGUGGAGGCGAAUAUUUUAAAUGUUUCAUCAGUCACAUAUCUUGUGUUAGACGAAGCUGAUCGCAUGCUCGAUAUGGGUUUUGAACCGCAAAUUAGGAAAACUUUGUUAGACGUAAGGCCAGACAGACAAACUGUUAUGACAAGUGCUACGUGGCCUCAAGGCGUUAGACGUCUUGCUCAAUCGUACAUGAAAAACCCAAUUCAAAUAUUUGUUGGAUCUCUUGAUUUAGCUACCGUGCAUACAGUAGCACAAAAAAUUUACCUUAUUGACGAAGAGGAAAAGACAGAUAUGAUGUAUCAGUUCUUUCGUGAAAUGACUCCAACAGAUAAAGUAAUAGUAUUUUUUGGAAAAAAGUCUAAAGUCGAUGAUAUAGCGAGUGAAUUAGCCUUGCAAGGCGUGAAUUGUCAGAGUAUACACGGAGGAAGGGAACAGUCCGAUAGAGAACAGGCAUUAGAAGAUUUGAAAACUGGAGAAGUUCAAAUACUUCUUGCGACGGACGUUGCCAGUCGAGGAAUCGACAUCGAAGAUGUUACGCAUGUGCUAAAUUAUGAUUUUCCACGGGACAUAGAAGAGUAUGUUCAUCGGGUUGGUCGUACUGGUCGUGCUGGACGUACAGGGGAAAGUAUAGCAUUUAUGACAAGGAAAAAUUGGUCUCUUGCGAGAGAAUUAAUUAGUCUUUUAGAAGAAGCUAAUCAAGAAGUUCCUGUGGAAUUAUAUCAGAUGGCUGAUAGAUACGACGUAUGGAAGGAGAAGCGAGCAAAUGAAAAACAAUCUGAUUACUCUCAUAGAAGGGGUAGCAGAAGAUGGUAGUUAAUAAGAAA